UUCACUGAACAGCUCAUCUGAACAUUGAUUUCAAAAGUGUUGGAAGCUUUUAAUUUUUAUUUAAUUUCACAAGCAAAAAUUCCCUUGAACAUUGAUAUUCUUAGUAUACAAAGGAAAGCAACAUGGUUAUGUGGCAUGGAGUAAGGAAAUUCGGCGUUGUCGCCUUGGGAACUGGUGCCGGUCUGGGUGCCUAUUAUUAUCAAAAAUUGCGUGACAAUCAACAAAAUGUACAAAUGUCAUGGACGAAUAGCGACAAGCCGGUGAAUGCUUGUGCGCUCUGGGACAGUAAUUGGGAUUGUAGAAGCCCCAGAAGUUUGGUAAAGCCUGUCAAGAAUGAUACACCCCAGGAACAGAAUCGUUAUAACAGCGAACUGGAGAAGGCCACCCCAAAAGUUGCACGUCACAUAAUUCUUAUUAGACAUGGAGAAUAUCUGGAUUUGGGUGAUACAGAUGAGACACAUCGUCUGACAACAAGGGGUCGUUUGCAAGCCCAAUAUACGGGUAAACGUUUGCAGGAAUUGGGCAUUAAAUGGGAUCGAGUGAUUGCUUCUACAAUGACCAGGGCCCAAGAGACAUGUGAUAUAAUAUUGAAGGAAAUUGAUUUUGACCCCAAGGAUGUGAAGCAUUGUGCGUUCAUAAGGGAAGGGGCGCCCAUACCGCCACAGCCGCCGGUGGGACACUGGAGGCCAGAGGAAUCGCAGUUCUUCCGUGAUGGUGCCCGCAUUGAAGCCGGCUUCAGACGUUAUUUCCAUCGCGCCUCGCCCUCCGAUAAACAUGAUACAUAUACCCUAAUUGUGGGUCAUGGCAAUGUUAUACGCUAUUUUGUUUGUCGUGCGUUGCAAUUCCCACCCGAGGCAUGGUUGCGUAUAUCCAUUAAUCAUGCCUCCAUAACAUGGUUGACCAUACAACCUUCGGGAAAUGUUAAUAUAAAAUAUUUAGGAGAUACUGGUUUUAUACCCGCCCAAUAUCUAACGAAUCGCAUACCACGUGAUGCCAAAAAUAUUGUUUAGGUUUGAAAAUCCUGAAACAAAAAACAAACAA